AUGAUUAAGUGUUUUGUGCUCACACAGAGGGAGCAGUUGAAAGAGGAGCAGAUGGGGCACAUCAAGGUCUUGCGGAAGCAGGCUAAAGAACAGGAGAGUAAGCUGGAGCAGAAAGAGGUGGUCAACAAAGAACAGGUGGAGCAAGCUCUGCAGCAGAACUUGGAGCUGGUCCGUAGCCAGGAGAAAGAACUGGCAGGUAGUCUCUAGGCUCUCCAAUACGAUAUAACAUAGUCAUAAAGCUACCUGUCAAUAAUUGUUUUUACCAUCCACCGGUACUCCCCACCUGGAAUAUUAUGAAUGUGCAAUAUUAAUAUAACAUGAAUACAAAUUGUUUGUCCCUGUGCGUGUGAGAGAGCUGCGCGCUGAAGUCAGCCACCUAGAGGAGGAAGUGCUCGUCUUGCAGGCUGAGCGGCACAUCAGGCAGGAGUAUAAGGUGAUCGGAAGCCAAGAGCACCAGCGGCAGAUCCAGCACCUGGAGGCUGAGCUGGCUCAGAUGCAGAGGGGUUUUCAGGAGAUGGCAGGUACAUGCACUCACAGGCUUGGCUCCUAUAAGGGAUGGAAAACUAGGCCUAUAUUUUCUGGGAAGUCAACUCCUAUUCGGACCCCUGGAGCCCUAUUCAAACCAGUAACUGGUUUUAGGAAUAAACUUUUCUUGCAAAGCGAGAUUGAACCUCAAAAUAAUUUAAUCAAAGAAAUCAUAUUUACAAAAACAAAAGUCAAUUUAUUUACAAGACAGACAGACAGAUGUCCUCACAGCUUUUCCUUGACCGUGUCUCUUACUUCUACAGACAAUAUUCAGCGCACUCUCGACGUGACUUUCAAUGAAAUUGACAAGAAGACGGUGCAUCUCAUAGAUGAAAAGAAACAGCUGGCUACAGAGGUAAGACAUAAGGCACAUCAGCAGAACAGAUUUCUUUAGUUUUGAUGAUAACACUGUUUUUCCUCAGAGGGCCAUCAAACACCUUGACAAGCAAAGCCGACAGGAGAUCAAAGAGAAUGAGUGGCUGAAGAGAGAGGUAUGGCGCGUUGGAUUUGAAAAAGUAUGGUGUGUGUGGUCACAGUUCACCGCUUUAUUUUACAGUUUGUAAUCUGGUAGUCAUCAUGAUUUGUUCUAAAGGAAAGCAUAAGAAAGCACAAAAAGACCCAUCAUUACGUACCAAAAUAAUAUGGUACCAAUUGGGUUUUUGUUUGAGACCCUAUUGUUACACAGUAUACAUUGAGUGUACAAAACAUUAAGAACACUUUCCUAAUGUUAUUCUUUAACAUGACUUCUCCACUUCAUCUACACUAAUUGAAACGGAUUUAACAAGUGACAUCAAUAAGAAAUAAUUUAACCAGGAUUCACCUGGUCAGUCUAUGUCAUGGAAAGAGCUGGUGUUGAUAAUGUUUGUACACUCAGUGUAUAUCAAGCAAAUAGGAGCUUCCCACUGGGCACAGACGUCAAUUCAACUUCUGUUCCACGUUGGUUCCAUGACAUUUCGUUGAAAUGUCCCAGUGGGAUAAUCAGGACUGUUGAAUAAAGUGUUACCAGACAUGAUCAGAUAGCACAUCCCCUUGCUCUAGGGGGCUGUUCCAGAAAGAUGGAUUCAUGUUUUUGAGAAAUAUAGAUUUAAAAUUGAUAAGGUAUAAUUGACUGAACAGCAACAACCAAUAUACAAGCUUUCUUAAUCAACCAGAAAAUAAAGAGUUAUAUGUGGCUGUUUAUCAAAGUUAGUUGGCUAAUUUAAUAAUCCUGCUUUCUGGAAUACCCCACAGCUUGCCACUUACACAAGAGAGGUAUCCAUUACAGCAUUGGCUGUCCAACAACUGGAGGAGGAGAAUCUUGAGCACAUGAGUCAACUGUUUGAGCAUCGCCUGGAGGACCUGCAAAUCUCUAGGUCCCUCACCUCAACACAACUCUUCACCCACAUUCAUAUACUGUAGAUUGCCAUUUGCCCUGAUUUUACUGUCACAUUGUGUGACAUGACAUGUCAAAUGUUAGUGAAUGAAACUGGACAGCCUGGUCCCAGAUCAGUUUGUGUUGUAUAGCAAACUCCUAUGGUCGUUGUCAUGCCAUUUUUAGGCAAGACAGCCCAAACAGAUCUGGGACCAGGCAAUCAAUUAUAUGCAAUGCUAUUCUAUUAAUCCACUCGCCUGUGGUAAGACAGCCCUCUCCUUGCUUUCCAUCUGUGGUCUCACUCAUCUCUCUGCUCUCCUGUCCACAGAAACGUCUUCCUGACUCAGGCGGCAGGACUGGGACCCUCUGACACCACAGUACAGGAGACCAUUAUGAAGAGUAACGCUGUCAGUGGCCAACAAUCAGGUGAUGAUGAUGAUCAUUUGUAUUUUUUAUUUGACAAGUUCUUGUACAAAUGUCAGCACCAAGCUGAAUUAAAAGUACAACUUAAUGACAUUAUUAAAUACAAAUGAACAAAACACCAUAAAUAUACAAACAACACAGCUAUCUUCAACUGUUUAGCAGGCGAACCAAUGCUGGGAUGGCACUGCAAAGAUAGCUCUCGAUCCUGCAGUGUAGACUCUAGGUCUAGGAUGUCUUUCAAAUUGAAACUUUUGAUUUCUUUUUUUUUUGCUGACAAGUGAUGACAUUUGUCCAGUGUUGCCAGUAGUGCAGCUCCUUGACUAUAAGCAGGGAAGACCACCAGAGGACAGAAUAGUGAUUCCUUGUCACUUUUGGAGUUUGUGCAACUGUUGCUGCCUUAGACUGUAUUGACAAUCAUAUCACAAAUAUAAAUGUUAGCCUUUCUGAAAUACACUCACACGUUUCUUAAUCAUCUGUUAUUGCCAUUUACAAAUGUAAAUUAUCACAAACGUCUGACAAAAUAAUGAUUAUUGAUUUAUUUGUCGCAUUUCAAUGCAGAGACAAAAAAUGAGAAAGAAAAUAGAAAAAUGCACAAUUUCACAUGAAAUGCGAAGCAAAGCUGAUGGGCAAACAGAAAUAACACCUGAUCAUUUUUGAUCCACGAUUAAAUGUUUUCGGGGGGAACUUUCCUUUGAUGAUUGGUUAGUAAAACAAUCUUCCCCUAAGUGGGUACCAGUGUGCCACUGGGAAGGGUGCUGUGAUCAGUAUCGUCUAACUCUAAUGGGAGGCCCGCCCGGGCACAGGAAGCCACUGAGUAAAAGCUCCCUUCCCAAGACUAUUUGGAAACAUGGCAACACUCAUUUCCGUCUAAGACGGCAUGUCCUCUCAGCUCAACUCAAGAUAAAAACUUAAACCAAAAAUGGCUACCAGCACGUUCCUCUCUUGGAAUGUGGCACUUUCAUUUACCGAGCAAAUUAUUUUCACCCCUAACCCUAUCCACAUUUUCUCCAUAUUGGAUACUGUACAGGCUUUUAUCUUUCAGUAAAUCACUGUACUCAUUUUAACCCCUUCCCCCCCUCCUAAUUUCUAAUGAUUUUCAUGGUUCCCACCAGACGGGGUAAGCAGCAGCCCCGUACCUCCCCUCCACCCAGCAAUGGAAACAUGGCGGGCUCAAAAGCAGGCCAAAGAGCUGGAGAGGGAUGAAACAAGUGGCAGCUGCAGUGAGGCAGCCUACAGGCCAACAGAGGACCCCCCUCAGGACCUCAGUGUGCUUCUGUACGGCAGCCAGACCUACAUGCAGGUAAGACCCAUCUCAGGCUAUUCUCUGAUUCAACACAUCACUUGGAGAUGAAAUAAAACGUAUCUCUAGACGUCGAUGGGCAUAUCUCAAUAAUCAAAUGUGGUUUCCUCUACUCGCCUUUCCUCCAUCUGUGCCGACAUUAAAGAGGUACCUUAUAACACAAUUCAACUUAGCUUCCCUCGACCAAGGGCAUAAGCUCCAAUGUUUACAGCGGUUGUCUCUAAGUGGCAUUCACCUUGCAUUGGCCAAUAUGUCUUCCAUUUGAGGGUGGCUCAGGUCGAAUAGAAAGCAAAAACAUGGUCCAACCCAUUUUUGUUUUUCUUAGUAGCCAAAGUUCAGUAGAAAGAUAAAGCUGUGCUGGCAGCCUCCAUCGUCAUCUGUCGAUAGAUAUAUAGGUCAGCCUCAGCUGAGUGACAGCACAAGCUAGAGCUCGUAGCUACACUGAACAAAAAUAUAAACGCAACAUGUAAAGUGUUGGUCCCAUGUUUCAUGAGCUGAAAUAAAAGAUCCCAGACAUUUUCCAUACGCACAAAAAGCUUAUUUCUCUCAAGUUUGCAUUCCUGUUAGUGAGCAUUUCUCCUUUGCCAAGAUAAUCCAUCCACCUGACAGGUGUGGCAUAUCAAGAAGCUGACUAAACAGCAUGAUCAUUACACAGGUGCACCUUGUUCUGGGGACAAUAAAAGGCUACUCUAAAAUGUGCAGUUUUGUCACUCAACACAAUGCCACAGAUGUCUCAAGUUGUGAGGGAGCGUGCAAUUGGCAUGCUGACUGCAGGAAUGUCCACCAGAGCUUUUGCCAGAGAAUUGAAUGUUCAUUUCUCUACCAUAAGCUGCCUCAAACGUCGUUUUAGAGAAUUUGGCAGUACGUCCAACCGGCCUCACAACCGCAGACCACGUGUAUGGCGUCGUGUGGGCAAGCGGUUUACUGAUGUCAAUGUUGUGAACAUAGUGCCCCAUGAUGGCGGCGGGGUUAUGGUAUGGGCAGGCAUAAGCUACGGACAUUGAACACAAUUGCAUUUUAUCGAUGGCAUUUUGAAUGCACAAAAAUACCGUGGCGAGAUCCUGAGUCCCAUUCUUUUUUUAAAGGCAUCUGUGACCAACAGAUACAUAUCUGUAUUCCCAGUCAUGUGAAAUCCAUAGAUUAGGGCCUAAUUUAUUUAUUUCAAUUGACUGAUUUCCUCAUAUGAACUGUAACUCAGUAAAAUCAAUGAAAUUGUUGCAUGUUGCAUUUAUAUUUUUGUUCAGUAUAAAUAUUACAGCAGUGUGUGGCUUGGGUGUUCCUUAUGCAUGCUGAUAAAUCACAGCAAUAGUCUGUAUCCAAACCAUGUGCCCACCUGAUUCACUUGGGAAUUUCAUCUUACCACAGUAUUGAAGAGAACAUGAUUUCAGUAAGGUGCUAAACAAAGUCAUGAACGUGACAUAGAACUUGGCUAUUCUUUUGACACGUGCCAUUCAUUUUAGACUCGGAAGGUAUUGAAUCAGACAUUCAGUGCUUUAUUGAAUCCUCCCAAAAAAGUCCCAGGGACAGAGGCUUUGGAGAGUGAAGGAAUGGAGAAAGCGAGCCUUAGGGAUUGACUCUCUGUGCCACUUCCUCUUGGCAGUGGAUGCAAUCGAGACAACGUAGGGAUCUGAGAGUAACAAUCUCUCUCCUUGUUGCGAUGGGGGAUCUCGGGCCAAACAGGAUGCAUCUCUUAUAUGGGACUACUACUCCCCUUUUCUCCCUUCCCCCUCUCUGUGCUGGCCAGCAGGGAGACAUGCACCUGGGCCCUCUGGAGCAGAAGCUGCUGACUGUGGUGGGCCAGGCCCUUCCCCUGCACCCUGUGCAGUCUGAGACCCCCGGCUCCGAAGGCUCCUCCUCAGCCCCAGGGAUGCUCCAGGCUCCCGAGGACUGGCCCCUCACUGCCCGCAUCAUCCACAAGAGGUUCAAGUAGCCAGGCCCAAGCACUAAUACACACACACACACACACACUUUUGUAAAUCUAGCAUUGGCCUCAUGUUGGCAUCAGAGACAUGUAUUCCCAUUAAACGUGCAAUGAUACAACGCAAGGGUCCAGGAAUGU